AUGGCACCUAAUGAAUCUGCUGACGUUUUCGAAAAUUUUACUUAUGGAUUGAUUAAAAUUCAUGAUACGCUUCGAGCGGGAAUGGUUCAAAUUUUAGAGAAUGCUCCAAAAGUACCCGCCUCUGAUAUUGACAAUUUUAUAGGAUACAUCGAAGCAUUCAAUUCUCAUUUCAUGAGUCAUCAUCAUCACGAGGAACACGUAGUCUUUCCCUCAGUAUCCAAAAAAAUACCUAUCAGCGACUUUGUUGAAGAUCACAAACAACUCGAUAAAUUACUCCAUAGCUUGUCCAACUACACGUCAGAAAUUAAAAAUAAGAAAGUGACUUAUGAAUCAUCAAAAUUAGUGGAGUUGAUGACGAAAAUAAGUAACCUCAUUCUUCCUCAUUUAAAAAACGAGGAAGUCACCUUUUCAGUUGAAGCUUUGAGAAAAAAUUUUACAGUGCAAGAACUUGAAACAAUUCAAGGACAAAUAAAAGAUGCGGUUAGAAAAGCCGGCGGGUCAACUACGAUUCUUCCAUUUAUACUCUUACACUUGCCUGAAGAAGAUAGAGAUAUCAUGGUUUAUAGUUACAUGCCUUGGUUUGUAAAAUCACUUCUUCUUCCUUAUGUAUUUGUCAGGUGGAAUCAAGGAUAUUGGAAAUAUGCAAAGUACCAACAUCUAUAA